AUGACGGACUACGACGAAGACUACUAUUACGGCGCCGGUCCUAACCACAGCCACUACUACAUGCCUCCUGAAAAUACCUUUGAGUACAUGCCUGUGGGCGCGCCCUACCCAGGGCCACAUCCUCACAUGGGGGCUCCUUAUCCGAUGGCUCCUCCCCCGGGACCUCCUCCGGGACCCCAUCACAUGGGCCAAUACAUGGGACAACACCAGCGACAGCCCAGCUAUGGAGCUAGGUACGAAAUGGGCAUGGGGUACUAUGUUCCAAUGGUUUUUGAGCCCACACCGGAGCCUGAACCGGAACAAAAGGGACCUGGGCCUGCUACAAAGGGGCAGGCGCCAAAGGAGGAGUCUAAGAAGGCGGGCCAGUUUUCUACUGGUUAUACCGACUCUGUGCUUGCCACCACGACUUCUGAAACCCCCAAUGAGAAACACAAAAACGACGCCAAAGACGCCAAAAAGCAAACCCAGGCAGACGAGUCGAAAGAUACGGCUGAGACGAGUCAGGACCUGGAGUCGGAUUCAAAAUCUGUUGAAAAUGAGUCCAAUUACAAGUCUCAGAGUGAAUCCGACAAGUUGGCCUCCAAGCUGGCCCAAAAAGAACUUGUCAAGCAACAAAAACUCGAGCACCAACAACGACAAAAGGAUGCCACCAUCGAUUAUAUUCAGGGCGUGUUCGCGUCCAAAACCCUGACAGACACAACUCUCACUAUUAACUCCGUGUCUGUCCCCGUGCAUGCCAUCUUUGCAGCGCGAUCAAAGGUCCUGGGUGACAAGCUGACUAAUGACCAGUCUGAUGGUCUCAAACUCACUGUUGUCGACCCCGGAAACUGGAUCAAUGAAGCUGCGGUCAAUUGCGUCGUCGCUACGCUCUAUGGACUGCCUCUCCCAUCGCAGAUGCGCCAAGGUCAGUGGUUUGGCGCUUUUCUGGUGUCGGAAGCGCUAGGAUUGGGACACGUGUCUGUGGAAAUCGAGACGGCGUUGAAAAAACAGCUGGUGAAUACUCAAGCCACCAUCACAGCUCUCAACUCCAUUGUCCAGAGGUGUCUUCAGGGAGGCAAAGGUUUCGCCUCCAACUCGAGUUCUUUGCCAGAUCAGUUGAUUAAUCAGAAGCAGUCUCGUGAGCUCUCGGCACUUUUCUCCUUCCUGAUGGCGUGCCUUGGAUCUCUCACCCAGUCUACCGUCUCAGAAUUAAGCACUUCGUCCAUCAUCAAAUCGCCUUUUGCUCUCUACAAAGUCAUCAUGGAGACGUCGGAGCUGCUUGAGGGAAACACUAUGGAGAAGUAUUCGCUGGCCAAAAAGCUGAUUCAGCCGAGACAAAAGUCACAUCCGGGGUAUCAGGAUGUCGCUGUGUUGGCUUUUUCGUCGGACAAGGAUGGAUUGGAGAUCAGAAGGAAGAAGAUGUAG